AUGGGUCCCAACAAUGGCGCUGCAGACAGACCGCGUCGGGCACGAGUAGAGCGAGGCAAGCGGUCCAAGAAUGGAUGCGCAACAUGUCUCGGCAAGAAGGUCAAAUGCGACGAGCAGCGUCCCUACUGCGGUCGUUGUGUGCGUUUACACCUAGCCUGCGAAUGGACCCGACCCCAGCCCUCGCUGGCUGAGAGGCGUCGAGGUUUGGGUCCUAUCAAGCGCCGCGAUAGACAUAUUUGGUCCCCUUGCUCGAUUGUACCGAAGGCGCAGUCGAACCAGUCGCCACUAUCGGGUGAGUCGGCUUCAUCUGCGCACUGUGACCAUCCGGCAGUCACCGAGGCCGGCGAUCAAGGUUCCGACGACAGAGCUGCGGAAACUGUUUAUUCCUCCGUCCCAAACUCACAGAAUAGGAUAGAGCGAGGUGAACCCACCGGAUUGACUGUUGCCAAUGACUACGAGCGUGAUGCGGUACUCUUAAGCUAUGGAACCCCGGUCUCCCUAACCAACAGCGUUCCCGACGGCAUGCAUGAGACUCUUCCGCUGCUACAACUGCCAGCGUCGCUCCCUAUAUUGAUGCCGUCCAAUACAUCCUUCAUUCAUGUCACCGACAUAGCCCCCGCUCUUGGCAGUAACGACAAACAGGCUCUUAUCUUCCAUCGCGCGGUCUUUGCCCCUUUGAAGUCCACCCGACACUGGACAUGUUCAGCACAGGCCUUGUUCGUCAACCGGGCAUUUGAUAAACGCAUGGCUUUCCACUUCUUGCUCGCUCUAUCCUACAGCGAGCUAGCUAUCUACUAUGGACACGGUUCCCGACCGCCGCAGGAGUCCAAGAGGCACUUCGAACAGGGCGCUCAGCUGUUUUUGCAGACACAAAAUCCAUUCGCGUCCCCGGACCACAUUGGCACAAUGCUCUCCUUCCUCUAUCUUUAUAUGUUCUGGAUGCGACGUGACCGACUGGACCCGAUGAAGCUCGAGGAUCUGAGCGAAUCAGUGAUGCUUUACGUGAGAGCGCACGAGCUGGACGAGCUUUGCGCCAGCGAAGAUUUGGCUUCGCUCACGGGGGCCAGUUGCACGAGGCUGGCGUCCCCACUCGACCAAGCUCUCUUAGCUAGAAUCCUCGUCUAUCUGUACGACCGCGACGGGUUUUGCAGCUUCUUCGGCUGCGGUGGCUCCUUCGCGCGGCAGAUGAAUGAAGAUGCGGAGAAGCGACGGAAGAUUUGGAUCCGGUCGCGCACUGCGUUCUUGCUUCCACAAUCUCCGUACAGCGUAUUUGACGCGGAAGACGCGGCAACCCUGGAUGCCUACUUUGACUUGAUUGUCUUGCAUCAGGAAGUCAACGAAUACAGCCAGAGCUCGGAGCAAGAAGCAGCCGAAAUCGAACCCCGACUGAGACGUCGAAUGGAAGCAGUGCAACAGGAUCAUUCAUUUAUUCCGUUUGAUGGACUGCAAAGCGACGCUCGACUCUCGCUCAUGCCGUACGUCACGAUAACCUUCUUUCAUGCCCUCCAGUUGUAUUUCUACCGAAGUCGUACAUCUGGCUUCGGACAGCGACCGAUUUCAAGCGAUCUGCAAAUGACUCUAAGCACGCUAGUUUCGACUGCAUAUCAUACCAUCAAUGCUGGGUCGGUCCAGCUGCUCGAGCGCUUCCAGUGGUCGUUAUUUAUUGGAGCCCUGGAGACCCAUGACCCCGUUCACCGGCAGUGGCUCCUGGACCAUAUUUCUGAUCCAGGCCUGAGGGAAGGGAUCCAGUUGAUCCAGACGAUCAAGCCAGCAUCUGCCAAUUGCAUCACGAUAGCCAAACUCAGAUGGCUGAUCGGCGGAACUAAAUCGGGCGGGAUGCCCCAUGGUUUCGUCUCUCGUGCCGUUCCCGUGAGUUUGCGAUCGCCUGGCCUCUUGUGGAUCGGCCCAAGGAAUCUUUUUACCUUGCUCCUUCUCACCAUGUCGGCUCCUCAACCUACUGCUGAUGUUGAGGCCAAAGAGCCCGUACAGAGCGACACCAUGCCGGCCGAGAAGGAAUCGGGGGCUACCGAUAUCUUGGGCCCUGAGGAAGAGAAGAGGCUUGUUAGAAAGAUCGAUUUGCACUUAAUGCCUUUGCUCAUUGUCAGCUACGGCCUGCAAUACCUCGACAAAACUAGUUUGGCCUACAGUGCCAUUUUGGGCAUUCGCGAGGAUUUGAAUCUCGUCGGACAAGAAUUCAACUGGGCGUCGAGCAUCUUCUAUAUUGGCUACCUGGUCGCCUCGUGGCCGAUCUCUCUCGGUUUUGUCCGCUUUCCUUUAGGCAGAUACCUCAGUCUCUUGAUCUUGCUAUGGGGCAUCGUUCUCACCCUUCAUGCCGUCGCUGGGAACUACGCCGGGCUAAUGGUCCUAAGAACCUUCUUGGGUAUCUUCGAAAGCGCCAUCAGUCCUGGUUUCUCGCUCAUCACUGGAAUGUGGUACACGCCCAAGGAACACAUGUCUCGUCACUCCUUCUGGUUCGCAGGCAAUGCCACCGCCAGCAUUAUCGGAUCGAUGAUCGCAUACGGCAUCUUGCACUACGGCGGGGGGUUUUCCCAAUGGAAGAUGCUUUUCCUGAUCUUCGGACUGAUCACCAUCGUUUGGUCCGUCGUGCUGUGGUUCUACCUGCCCGAUGCGCCGUCAAACGCCCACUUCCUCACCCCGACUGAGCGCGAAUUCGCCUCGCUGCGACCGAAGAAAUUCCAGCGCACCACGCAGACCAAGCAAUGGGACAAGGCGCAGUUCAUCGAAACCUUCCUAGAUCUCAAGACCUGGUGGUUUCUGCUGUUUUCUUUUAUCAUCUGCGUGCCUAACGGCGGUAUCACCAGCUUCAACUCGAUCAUAAUCAACAGCUUCGGCUACGACAAAUUUCAAACCAUCCUCAUGGGUCUCCCCGCCGCCGCAUUCCAGCUAACGACCGUGAUCCUCGCCGCGGUCUUCACGACGGUAUUCCGCAAAUCACGCCUCUGGGCCGUCAUCGCCACCUUCCUCCUCGCCAUGGCCGGGGUCCUUAUGAUCAAGCUGCUCCCAACAGAGAAGAAGCUCUCCCGACUGGCCGGCUACUGGCUCGUAACGGCUGUGUCGCCAGCGUUUCCACUCAUGAUGUCCCUCUUCGCUAGUAACAUAGCCGGAUUCACGAAGAAGUCGACCGUCGUGGCGCUGAUCUUUGUGGGCUACUGCGUGGGGAAUUUCGUGGGACCGCAGUUCUUUGAUAACAAGGAGGCACCGGGAUACGGGACAGCAUACACCACCAUCCUCACCUGUUUCGCCAUUACGAUCGUCAUGGCAAUCAUUCUACGGAUCUACCUCUCGUGGACGAAUUCGCGCCGAGACCGCGAACAGGGCGUUCACAUCGACCCGGAAGAGACUCGAGAGAUCGAUUUACACGCAGACGAGGAACUCGAGGGCGUGGAUGAGACGGAUAUGCAAAAUCGCGGCUUUAGGUAUAUUCUUUAA